GGUUCUGUUUCUUAUCCAAAAAAUAUACUCUGAAAUGGUAGAACAUGAAAUAGGCAGAGCAAAAUCUGAUCGCAUCAAUGCCUCCACUUCUCACCAACCCUUCUCCUCUUUUAAAACCUCAACUUCUCUUCCACAAACCUACUCUGCACUUUCACACCAACAAACUCAACCGAUGUCCGCUCAUCACCGCCAACCACGCCGCGGCGGCGUCCGAAAUCGACAUGGCCAAAAACAGACAGGGAGUGUACACAUCCAAGAAGAGCAAAGUCGUAGUUUUAUGGGACCUCGACAACAAGCCGCCACGUGGGCCUCCUUAUCCAGCAGCCAUUGCUCUCAAAGAGUUGGCUCAGAAGUUCGGGGAGAUUAUCGAAAUGUCUGCUUAUGCAAACCGCCACGCUUUUAUUCACCUCCCCAACUGGGUUAUGGAAGAACGGCGGGAGAGAAAACAGUUAGAUAUUCUUGAAAGAAAAGGGCUCGUGAACCAACCAGAAGCGUACGUUUGCGGAGUAUGCGGGCGUAAAUGCAAGACUAAUUUGGAUUUAAAGAAACAUUUUAAGCAGUUACAUGAGCGUGAGAGGCAAAAGAAACUCAACAGAAUGAGAUCGUUGAAGGGGAAGAAGCGACAGCGUUUUAAGGAGAGGUUCGUUUCCGGGAACCAUAAGUAUAACGAAGAAGCGAGAAAAUUGUUGACACCUAAAGUUGGGUAUGGAUUGGCUCAAGAAUUGAGGCGAGCUGGGGUUUAUGUUAAGACCGUCGAAGAUAAGCCGCAAGCUGCUGAUUGGGCUCUGAAGCGCCAAAUUGAGCAUUCAAUGAGCAGAGGAAUUGACUGGUUGUUUUUGAUAUCUGAUGAUUCUGAUUUUGCUGAGACUCUGAGGAGGGCUAGAGAGGCUGAUUUGCGGACUGUAGUUGUUGGGGAUAGAGAUAGGGCAUUGGGGAGGCAUGCUGAUUUGUGGGUGCCUUGGAUUGGUGUUGAGAAUGGGGAGGUUACUGAGAAUGAUUUGGUUCCCAAGAGUAGGGUUGUUGCGAGUGAUGAUUUUGAGGAUAACAAUGGUUUCUUUUCGGUUUUGCAUUUUGAUGAGGAGAUUGGUGGUCGGGUGGAAGAGAGUGAUGUGGAUGGUGUUAUUGAUGAACUUGCUGGAGUGAAUUUUGGGCGGAACAAUUUGAGGAUCUCGGUUUUUUCUGAAGGGGAAGACGAAGAUGAAGAAGGGGACUAUUUGUUAUCUGAUAGUGAGGAUGAGGGAUUUGAAGAUGAAGAUGGAGGCUUUUUCUUCUAUUAAAUUUAAAAUGCAUAAAGAAUUGAAUACGGUUUGUGGGAUUGGUUCAAUUUGGUGUAAAACAAUUGCAUUUGAGAAUGAUGAGGGAAUAAAUUGACCUUGUAUAGUAUCAGUAGAAGUAGUAUGGCUGUUCAAGGAAGUCAUGAAAUGGGUGAUUAACAUUUUAA